AUGCAUAGACAUCCGAUGUGCAUCCCUUCUGUUUCAAACUCUUCACCAGUCACAAAAAAGUCUUCCAUUUCGCAGCCGACACUUCGGACUAGCGUGAUGGAGGAAGGAGGGAAAUUCGCCAUGGCUGACAUAAAGGGCUUUACAAAAAUAGAGGGUAAGGGCAGGCGAUUCGCGGCCUGCAAGAAUGGCAAGUUGGCCCUCUAUAACAACAAACAUGAGUUCAGCAUCUACAGUCCCAUUCACAUAAUCGACCUUCAACUUUGCAACGUCAGGUCACAUGGCAAGCACAGGCUACAGCUGACCUUACCUCAAAACGCAUUCAUAUUCCAAUUCGAUACGACUGACGAAACCAACGACUGGAAGACAGCCAUCGAGAAUGGGAUAUCCAUGUCUCUGGGAGAUGAUGAGGUGAGAGAGAGUGUCCAUCGGAAGAUGGUCAAUGCCAAAGUUAGAUCAAUGAGGAUGGAUUCCAAAGUCUGGUCCGAACAUCUUAUCAAAAUCAUGAUCGAAGUAGGCAACAGAAACUUCAACAGCAUCUGGGAGCACAAACUCCACAAGAAACACCACAAUGUCAACCUCAUCAAGAAAGACUACGACGACGACGACGAUUAUGGACAAAAAGAUGAUGAUGAUGAUGAUGAUGAGGGUCAUGAUGAUAAUGAGGAUGAAAGGAUUAACUCGGACACGGACACAGCCAAAAGAAUCAACUUUAUCCAAAAGAAAUAUAUAGAACGGGCUUUCUUCAAGACUCUCGAUGUACCUGAUACUAAAAAAUUGAAUACGCUUUUGGAGUCCAACUUGAAAACGGACGACGUCUUGAAGACAUUGCACCUCAUAUAUUCAGGAGCCAAUUCCCAUGAAACGUACGACCGAAUUGAGAAUGAUCAUCUGACUGAUAGCGUACAUGCGUUGCAGAUGGAACUUUUGAAACUGAACAUGAACAAGGAUAGGAAGUCAUUCAGUUCCAUCUGA